GUCAGAGGCGGCGGCGGCGGCCGGUCCCGCAGGCGGGCGGGGGGCGGCGGCGGGAUGCGGCGCUGAGCGCGCACCGGCGGCCACUCCGCGCCGGCUCCUGCGCCCCGCGGUCGCCCAUGAUGUGCCUGGAAAGUGACGGCUCCACCGGCAGCAGCCCGGGCUGCGGCGGGCGGCUGCGAGCCGGCGACGAGGAAGAGGAGGAGGACGGCGGCGGCGAACGGGGCUGCUGCGGGCGAAGCGGCGAGGGCGAGGUGCAGACCCUCUCCGGCAGGAUGAACCCGCCGGCCGCCGGCAAGCACCCCGACCGCCCGGCCGCCCGCCACAAGGCGCCGAGCCUCGGCCGGGCCCGGGUGGCGGCCGCCGGUAUCCUCAGCGUGGGCAACGUGCUCAACUACCUGGACCGGUACACGGUGGCAGGUGUGUUACUAGACAUCCAGCAGCACUUUGGAGUCAAAGACAGUGGGGCUGGCUUAUUACAGACAGUUUUCAUCUGUAGUUUCAUGGUUGCGGCACCCAUCUUUGGUUACCUUGGUGACCGUUUCAACAGAAAGAUCAUUCUCAGCUGUGGGAUCUUCUUUUGGUCAGCUGUCACUUUUUCAAGCUCCUUCAUCACUGAACAGUAUUUCUGGCUUCUUGUGCUCUCACGAGGUUUGGUUGGUAUCGGUGAAGCAAGUUACUCCACUAUUGCCCCCACCAUCAUAGGAGACCUUUUCACCAAAAACACGAGGACCCUCAUGCUGUCCGUUUUCUACUUUGCGAUUCCUCUUGGCAGUGGCUUGGGGUACAUCACCGGCUCAAGCGUGAAGCAGGUUGCUGGAGACUGGCACUGGGCGUUGCGGGUAUCUCCACUCCUGGGAAUGAUAACAGGGACACUCAUCUUGAUAUUUGUACCUGCUGCUAAAAGAGGAAAUGUUGAGCAACUUGGGGGACAGCUGAAGGCUCGGACCUCCUGGCUGAGAGACAUGAAAGCGCUGAUUAGAAACCGCAGCUACGUCUUCUCAUCGUUGGCCACCUCAGCUGUCUCCUUUGCCACAGGGGCCCUUGGCAUGUGGAUCCCUCUCUACCUUCACAGAGCACAGGUCGUGCAGAAGACAGCAGAGACUUGCAACUCACAGGCCUGCGGCACCAAAGAUAGCUUGAUCUUCGGAGCGAUCACAUGCUUCACUGGCUUCCUGGGUGUAAUCACAGGAGCCGGGGCAACCAAAUGGUGCCGGUUAAAAACCCAGCGAGCUGAUCCUCUUGUCUGUGCUGUUGGCAUGCUAGGAUCAGCCAUCUUCAUCUGUCUGAUCUUCGUUGCUGCCAAGAGCAGCAUCGUGGGAGCCUAUAUUUGCAUUUUUAUCGGAGAAACUCUUCUGUUUUCAAACUGGGCUAUCACAGCAGACAUACUAAUGUACGUGGUCAUUCCGACACGCCGUGCAACCGCAGUGGCCUUGCAGAGUUUCACUUCGCACCUCCUGGGAGAUGCUGGCAGCCCUUAUCUGAUUGGAUUUAUCUCAGACCUAAUACGACAAAGCACAAAGGAGUCCCCAGUCUGGGAGUUCCUCAGCCUGGGGUACGCGCUCAUGCUCUGCCCGUUUGUCGUUGUCCUAGGAGGGAUGUUUUUCCUCGCCACAGCCCUCUUCUUCCUCAGUGACCGAGCCAAAGCUGAACAACAUAAAGAAACCGAUUCGGACCACCUCACGGUUGGCAACUACAGUAAUUCGGAAGACGCUUCCACAUGACAUACAAACUUCUGGGGGUGAAUCAACUUGUGAUGCCACCAGCCUCUGUGAAAGUCUGAGACGUUACCGGUGAAGGAAAUGACAUGCGGACUCCUGCUCCCACCACCACCACACCAAUCUCAAGCUCGAAGCCCUUCUGUACUGGAAACCGGUGGAUCCUUCAGCUCCACGCCACCUUGGAAGGGUUAUCCAGCAGCAAAUCAAUCCCACCGCUCCAGCCUGCAGGGUCAGGCGCCAGAUGAGCAGGGCAGCCUGGAACACGAGUUCUUCUUGAGCAUAAGGACGUUCACAGGUUCCUCUGAGCGUCGAAAGCAACUGUCCACUGGACCCACAAUGUGCCACCCAAGUGAGUGACUGUGGAUUGUGUAUAUGGUUUUAGUUGUAGCCAACAAAGUCCGCAUCAUCUCUAGGGCAACUUAGGCCCUAUUGAAUGCUGCUCUUCUGUCAGCACUCCCGCACCCAGAGAUGCACUAGUUGGGGACCUAUUCUGUACAUCACCUUUUCUUUAACACUGAAGGCUCAAUUCAGAUUAUUAUUUUUUAUUUAAAUAUGUCAUAAGAUGCUUUAUCUCUGCUGAAGACAGUAGAUGACAGAGAUAUAUAUAUAUAUAUAUUUAGAUAAACAGUUUUUAUUUAAACCUUUAAAAUCUGGAGCUGCCUGUGCAACCAUACCAGACGUGAGUAACGUCCGCAACUCUCCUCGUCUCAGUGCCCUGGUACCAGGCCUUGCAAGGGCACGGUAGGACAGCUUCCAGUGCAUGACGACCUGUCACCUGAGGCUGAGCAAUGGGACAGAGGAGAGCAUUUCACUGCACUGGGUAUGCUGGUGGUUGUUACAGAAGGGCCCAGAAGAACUUUGGACAUGAAUACCUACGGGCUCUAGAGUUUGCUCAAUAUGCUAAAUUCAGCCUUGCCUUGGAGGUUCACAGGCUUUUAAAAUACCAAAAUCCAUCUGGCUGAAUUGCUUUACUAGGGCCUGGUAGUGCAGUACUGCUGUGCCAGUGACUCCACGCUUUGUUUACACGCGUAUCAUAUCACCCGUGUCGCCAAUGCCAACUCUCCCGCUGUCAGUAUUCCUGAAGGUGGCUGAUACUCUACCGUAGCCCUUUCCUUUGGAACAGUGCUUAGGUUUAACGCACGCCCAACCCCAUGCGCAGUCCCAAACUGCUCUUACUGGGAUGUCAGUUGGUCACUUUUACCUUUCUGAAGAUGCAUUUGAGAUCUUUAAUAUGCAAGGCCAGUGUCUGGACUGUGUUAAUCUCCCAUCAGUCAGAAGCGUGGGUCUGUAAAGCGGUCAGAGUGCCAUUUCACUCCAGUCUUGUCUCCUGCACUUGACCUCCACAAGCCAAGUUUGUGCUGUGUCACCUUGAUGCUGAACAGCGUGGGGAAGGCAGGCGAGCACGGGCCCUGAGAAAGAGUCGGCCUUCCAGAGAAAGGGCAUUGGUUCUGUGAACUCCCCGCUCCCUUUGUUCUGUUCGGAUGUCUCCCACUGUUUAGAUACUCCCCUCGAGUUUCGCACACACCUCGAGUAGGUGGAUGCACCUCUCUCUCGUGCUUAUGUGGUUGGGCUGCGAGUAGGACUAAAUCAGCAAAGGAAAUGCCAAACCGGGACUGGCUGCGAGUUAAGUCUGGAAGCUGCCUGUCCUGAUGGUGGCACAAGUUUGCUCAGAGACACAGGAAGGUACUGUUCGUAAAUCUGGGGUUUGUCUCCCAUUCGCUUCCAGAGUGUGCCAGGACUGACAGUACAGCGUCGUAGUGCAGACAGUCGGUAGUUCCAGUUACUGGUUAAUACUCACCCCAUCGCCAGUCUCUGCCCAGGUAGAUGGGUUCUGAGGGUGACUCCUGUCACAACGUGAGCCUUUCCUCCUCAUUGAGCUCCACGGGACUCUUCUGCAAAGGUUGCUCUGUCACCUAAAAUACCUUAACAGUAGCUUUAAGAUUUGGUUAAACAACUAGAGCCAGAAAUUUUCCUCGAGUGCCUGGGCAUCCUCUGGAGAACAGCAAGCGGGUGCUAGAAACAAUAAAGCAAAGCAAAUCCAAAACAAUACUUCAUUUCCCACCUCGUGCCACUAUUUACAUUCGUAGGGGAAAUACCGCCUCUGUAGUCUAGGAGCCUUGGCUUUAAAGGCACAUGAAUUUCUGAUUCCCAUCAAGAAAUUCCUUGUCAGGCUGUUUAAAAAGAAACAAAAAGCAACCCAACAAGCAGUCAUUUCAUCUCAGAGACCAAAGAAGAUGAGCCACAGUUCCUAAAUUGCUUUUUUGACAGGCUCUCUCUGUUGUAGCAUUUACUGUCAACUAAACAAAGCAUUCCCGCUAAAGUUCAGAGAUUAGGAAUUGUCCUUAAACUUAAUUCUCAGGAAUCAACAAUGAAAAGGGAACUUGAGUGUUUUGUACUUUCGCUAGCUCUCCUCGUUGGUGACAAGCCCCAAUCCUUGUUAGAGAAGCACAGUGCUGUUACAGGAGGCCAGCUUUAUCCUCUGUGCAUAUGAAGGAAAGUGCUGUGGUUUUCUUUUUAACGAGGAAAGAGGGAAGGGAGCGAGCAAGGGAGUGAGAUGUGAGUCCCACCUGCAGCAGUUCCACACCAAGGGAUCCCUGAAUCCCUGCUCCCACAGGGUCAGAGAGGGAGGCCAAAGCAGCAGCUAUGACAGCUCAGAGGAGAGGAACAGCACGGAAAGGAAACCCAGCCUUUCCACCUCCUGCGGACGCUGCUGCUCCUUCACGCGCUGAUGACCCAUAUUGGAAUGGCCAGAAGCUGAAAGGCUGCGUUCCUUGUUUUAGCUGUGAAGAAUUGUUCAGUUAGUGCUUCUAUAAAGGUACACGGUCCAUUAGAGGGAAACCAGCUCAAUUAGAUCAAGGGUCCGUAGAUUAAGGUAAUAAGAGGUACAUCAAAUCUGGACAUGAAACA